AUGGCCAACCAAACUUUUCCGGCAGGUUAUAGGACGACCACUACACUCAACCCGGAGACUAGUCCACGGCGCAACCGGCGUCGUCCCACCGGGGGAGACACUCCUAGUCUCGGGCGCCCGGGCGCGGGCUGCUCGACCCUUCUCAAGGUCCUAGCUAACCAGCGCGGGUCCUUCACGGGUGUCGACGGCGCUGUUCAGUACGGCGGCAUAACCGCGUCCGAGAUGGCGCGGCACCACGGGUCCGAGGUCGUCUAUAAUGCUGAGGACGACGUGCACUUCCCGACUCUUAGCGUCGCGCACACUAUGGCUUUCGCGCUGAGGCUACGCAAGCCGCGGCGGCUGAAGGGUGAAUCGGACGGAGAUUUUGCACGGCGCAUGGCUGGCAGGAUUCUCGCGGCGUUGGGUAUUGGUCACACGGCCGACACGGUCGUGGGCGAUGCCUUUGUGCGAGGCGUGUCCGGGGGAGAGCGCAAGCGGGUCAGCCUCGCCGAGGUCCUUGCUUCCGCGCCGGCUGUCGUGUGCUGGGAUAACCCGCUUCGUGGGCUCGACAGCUCGUCUGCGCUGGCGUUCCUGCGGCUGCUGAGGGCCAUGUCUGAUGCGACGGGCAUGGCCAACGUCGUCACGGCAUACCAGAUAUCCGAGACGAUCUACCGCGAGUGCUUCGACCGAGUGUUGGUCUUGUAUGAGGGGAGGGUGAUAUACUCGGGGCGAGCAGGGGACGAAGCCAAGGAGUACUUCACGGAUCACCUCGGUUUCCACUGUCCCAUGCGACAGACCACGCCCGACUUCCUCUCGGCCGUCACCUCGCCCGAGGAGCAGCGGAUCAUAGACGGGUUCCAGCCCCGGCCUCCUCUUGAUCCAGAUGGUCUUGCAGAAGCCUUCCGCCGCAGCACCAAGUACCAGACCCUCCAGCAGGACGCGCAGUACUUCCGCGAGAACACGGCAAAGGACGAGACCAAGGCCGCCAGCUUCCAGGCCGAAUUCAACGCGACCAAAGACCCCCUGAGCCCCAAGUCCUCCCUCACGAUCCGCAGCCCACACACGCAGCUCCUGGCCGCCAUGGCGCGGUACUACCAGCUCAUCUGGGGCGGGCGGCGCGACCUGCUCACCGUGCUCGCCCUCAACACGACCAACGCCCUCGUCCUCGGCGCGGCGUACCGCGGCGAGCCGCCGACCUCCAACACGGGGGCCUUCCAGCGCAGCGGCGGCGUCUUCUUCGCCCUCGUCUUCUUCUCCCUCAACGCGCUGUCCGAGACGGGGCUCGCGGUGCGCACGAGGCCGGUGCUGCGCAAGCACCACGGGCUGGGGAUGCUCAGCCCGGGGAUGGCGGCCGCGGCGACGACGGUGGCCGACCUGCCCGUGUGCCUCGCGCAGACGCUGUGCUUCACCAUCCCGUACUACUUCCUCAUGGGCGAUCCGAUCUCCGGUGGGGGGUACUGGUUCUUCGAGCUGAUCGUCUUCGUCACGUACGCGGCGCUCAUGGCCGUGUUCCGCCUGCUGGGCGCUGCUGCGCCGAACGUGCCUGUCGCGCUGAUGCUCGGUGGCGCGACCAUGCCGGUUCUGCUUGUGUAUUCUGGUCCGAAUCCUUAUGGUCUGGAGGCGCUGAUGGGGUUCGAGUUCCAGGGUAUUACUCUGGAGUGUGGGCAGGAUGAGCUGGUUCCGAGUGGGCCGGGCUAUGAGAACAUCACAAUCGCCAACCAAGGCUGUCCUAUCCCGGGAAGCACUGCAGGUGUAGCGUCUGUGCCAGGGCCCAAGUAUCUCUCAGCACAGUUCAAUUACUUCCCGACUAACGCGUGGCGGAAUUUUGGAAUUCUUCUCUGUUUCUGGGUCGGAUAUACGAUCUUGCAGGGCCUGGCCCAGACUUAUAUGACAAAGCGCGGCGAGGGCAGCGUUGUCGGCCGUGUAUACAAGAGAGGUGCUGUGGUCCCUGAAGACACUGAGGAAGCGAUUGAGAAGGCAGAGAAAGAGCUUGAUGUCGAGGAUGGCGCACCAUCUGUGAAUUUUGAUGGAAAGGCAUCGUUCACCUUCUCCAGGAUCUCGUACGAGGUCAACGCUAGCGAUGGCCCACGCACACUCCUCAACGCCGUCAGCGGCUACGUCAAACCAGGCCAGCUGACGGCCCUAAUGGGGGUGUCGGGCGCCGGCAAGACGACACUGCUCGACACCCUGGCUCAGAGGAAGAACGACGGCACCGUCUCAGGCGACAUGAGGCUCGGCGGGCGGUCCGACGUUCAUGACCCGGGCACGACGGUGCGUGAGGCUCUCGUCUUUUCCGCCAUGAUGCGCCGGCCCGCCAGUGUGCCCGACGCAGAGAAGCUGGCCCACGUCGACGGUGUGAUGGACCUUCUGGCCCUGGGGCCCAUCGCCGACGCACUCGUCGGCACACCGGGCGAGGGCGGGCUCGGCGUCGAGGAACGCAAGAGGCUGACUAUCGGCGUGGAGCUGGCUGCUGCUCCCUCUGCGCUGCUCUUCCUCGACGAGCCGACGUCUGGCUUGGACAGCCAGGCGGCGUACUCGCUCGUGCGGUUCCUACAGGGCAUCGCCGCGUCCGGCGUGCCCAUCAUCUGCACGAUCCACCAGCCGUCGGCCGUCAUCUUCGACAUGUUCGACCACAUCCUGCUGCUGGCGCCGGGCGGGAGGACGGUCUACUUCGGCGAGACGGGCGACAACUCGGGCACGGUGGUGGACUACUUCGCGCGCAACGGCGUCGCCAUGGCCAGCACCGCCAACCCGGCCGAGUUCAUCCUCGACACCGUCGCCGACCCGGCCAUGGCGGACAGGUGGUCCCAGCGGUGGGACGAGUCGGUCGAGAACCAGAAGGUCCUGCAGCAGGUCGAGUCCAUCAACAGCCAGCCCGCCGAGGCCGAUCUCGAGUCGCACUCUCGCCCUUUCCUCACCCAAUUCUCCCUCCUCACAACCCGCCACGCCACCUCGGUCUGGCGCGACGGCUUCUACAGCUUCAGCCGCCUCGCCAAGACAGUCUUCAUGGCCCUGUUCAUGUCCUUCAGCUUCUUCAUGCCGGCGCACACCCUCCAGGGAAUCCAGAACCGCAUCCUCGUCAUGCUCAUGCUGCAGUGGAUCGUCCCCGCCACCGCCGCGGACCUGCAGAGCGUCUGGUACGCCAAGUGGGCGCUCUUCACGGCCCGCGAGCGCUCCGGGGUGGGAUACUCGCCCUUGGCCCUCUGUGCCGCCCUGGUCGCCGUCGAGCUGCCCCUCGCGCUGUUCAUGUACACGAUUGCCUUCCUGUGCAGCUGGUUCACCGUCGGGCUGGGGUCCGGCGGGUUCGGGUACCUGUGCUUCGUGGCGCUGGGCAUGUUCGGCAUCGGGUUCCCCUUCGCGGUCGCGAGCUUCUUCGCUGGGGAAGAGGUCGCGGGAUACGCCAACAGCCUGGUGUGGUGCGUCAUGGCGACCUUCGGCGGCGUCACCAUCCCGCACUCGGGCAUGAACGGCUUCUACCGCCCCUGGUUGUUUUGGGCGGAUCCCAUGCGGUACUGGUUGGGCGCCACUGUGUCGUCGGCUCUCCACGAAAUGCCUGUGCGAUGCUCUGACUCUGACAUGACCAUGCUGAGCCCGCCGGCUGGCUUGACGUGUGGGGAGUACCUGAGCGAGUUCCUGGGCCGCACGCCUGGCUAUAUCCGGGACCCGGGCGCCCUCGAUAGCUGUGCGUUCUGCCCCUACAGCGUGGGCGAUGAGUACGCGGCCCAGUUCGAGUUCUCCUACUCGGACCGGUGGAGGGAUUGGGGAGUGUUUGCUGCGUUCUGUGUCAGCACCCUGGCCAUCGCCUUUGUGGUGAGCUGGUUGAGGUACGGAGGAGGGUUGAAGGCAGCAUUCAGGAGGGGCUCCUAA